GAUAUGAGAAGCUUAUCAUUUAAUCAAAUAUAAGUUGCAUAAUGAUUAGGUUGCUACGAGUGUACUGAUGUAGCCUAUGUGUAAUGCACGUAACAUUCCGGCAACUUUGUGAAAAAAACAUUUAUAUGGGAGUUGUUGUUCACAGGCGUACCUGCCCUCUCAUUGGCUAGAAUGUUCCCACCUGAUCGCGCAUCCUCCCGCCUGCUUUUAGCCUUUGCGGACAUGUAUUUCCAUCGUUAGAGCGGUCAGUCAACCAUCUUGUCAAUAUAAUUGAUCCUCUUUGCCUUACAUUCAUUGUCUGUAAGACGCUGGGGAAGAAGAGCGCGAUACACAUUUCAUAGCGCAAAUGUAAAACAUUCGCCAAUAGACAUUUAGAAGGUUUUCUAUAAUAUAUCAUGUCCAGCUGAUAUAUCCAGAUGCUGGGUAAGCGAGGAAGAUUCCGACGGAGUUACUGUCUUCCUGCUGUAUUGUAGCCAAUCACAUUGCAACAUAGUAACCAGUAAUAUUAUAAUCAGACUCGCAGUAAGGUUAUUGUAGCAACAUGAAGCCUCAGUCAAAAACUAACACAGGGAUCAAAAGGGAGACUUCAAUGUCAGCCCAAGCUCGCCCCUCGAAAUCCGCUGGAGAGGGUGAGGUAUCGCUCUCUUUCCAGGACGAACUGGCGGCGACGAUCCACGGUGCGUUCGAAGUGGCUGUGGAAAUUGCCGUAUUAGAAGUCACUAAACUGGUAGGUCAAGCGCUUGGGGAUGUCCGCGAUCAGAUGCACGAAACCCUACGGGAAAACAAGUCUCUUAAACAACGCUUGCAAACAACCGAGCAAGAGUUGAAUGCUGCGCGUCAGUGUGGGGAAACGAGAGGUGUAAGUCCGCAGGGACAGUUCUCGACAAGUCCUCUCCACAACAACAACUUAGCAAAGACUCAAAAGCAGUCAAAGCACAACGAAUUAAAUAUAAAGUCCUCAUAUUCAUUGGACGAAUAUGGAUAUGAAAUUGUGGAGGCAGAGAUCAGUAGUGAACGACAGAAAGACCAUGGGUCUUUCAGUGAAAUCAGCGAGGAUGGUCGGGUGUGUUCCCAAGACCUACACCCAGCUACAAGAGGACAGUCUAUCCCUCAUCAUGACCUGCUUAAAGAAGUCGGGGAAGAGGCCUCCAGUUUGUGUAUGGACCACAAGGCAAGUGCAGAAAGCAUCAGUCAUAGUGGUCGAGAAACAACAUUUGGAGAUAAUGACCCAUCACCACUUCACGUAGUGGUCCAGAGCCUGGAGACGGAUCAAGUUAGAGUGAAGGAGGAGAACGGUUCUGGUUCCGGCUCUGGUUCUAGUUUUGACUCUGUGGUAAAAGAAGACUUUGGUCCUGAUAGUCUGUCUCUGGUUCAGUCCAAGAUGUUAGAGGAGUGGAAACCGGACCCUUUGGACUUACAGAUCUCUGACGCUCUGCUUCCUGGAACCAGCCGUAGUCUGUCUCACCCUCAUAUGGUCAACACAGAUGUUCCACAACUGACUGCCCCAACAGCCAGUGCCCUUCCAGCCUUCUCCUCCCAGUUCCCCAACAACCUCUUCCAACCAAGAGAGGCAGCAGCUCCCAUCAUCCCUGCUACCCCACCUCAGAUCUAUGGAGUCCAGAUCAGAACCAACCCUAAUCCCACCAUCCCCCACCCCAACCCUAAUCCCACCAUCCCCCACCCCAGCCACAUCUGCAAACUCUGUGGCCAGGGCUUCCACCAGCCCAGCGAGCUCCGUAGACACCACACCCAGGCCCACCCCAAGCGUCAGGUCUUCCCCCCUGGCCAGAGCCCUUACCACUGCAGCGAGUGUGACCGGGAUUUCAACCGUCUGGAGAACCUGAAGACUCACCUGAGAAUCCACACUGGAGAGAGGCCCUAUACCUGCUCGGUGUGCUCCAUGCGCUUUCGCCACUCGGGGGCGCUCACCAGGCAUUUCCGCAUACACACUGGGGAGAAGCCGUACGUCUGCGGUCAGUGCGGAAAGACAUUCCGGAACUGUGGGGGACUCCGGUUCCACCAGCGCUCCCAUAGUAGACAGGGACAGUGAUUUAGGGGGGGGGGGGACAGCUUUGUGGAUACAGCAGGGCAAGCUCAGUCACUACCUCCUUUGCCAUAAUGGUCCAGAACCCUUGGCACAGGCUGAAAGUCUUUACCAAACCCUCCCAGAUUUCAAGAUUAAAACAUAUUAAACUUGUCCAGGCCAUAAAGGGGAAAUCUGCAGUCACUACAAAUGUUUAUUGAUUUGUCAGUUAAUAAGGAUAUGUACCCAUUGAUUCUUGAAGAAUAUAACUUUUUGAACAUAGUUACCAUUUUCGUACACCUCAAAAUAUGAUCUUGUUUUACUCCGAUGUUUGUAAACAAAGUUAAUGUAAACAAACAAACAGUGACUACCAUUGAAACAUGGUUAAACCUUUAGUUUUGAUAUCAUGGACCACCUGCAUCCAUAGCUCUAUGAAUUUGAGAGUGGUUUCAUUUCUCCAGCCCCGUCCUUCAGCUCUUAAUGAAACAGUGGCGGGGAGUUCACUUUGUUAUUGUCUUAACUGCUGAUUGCUGCUUUAACACCAACCAGGUCUGUCAUUUCU